GUACUUGGGGACAAAACUCACUUCUUGGCAGAGACCAAUCAGGCCCGAGUAGGACUCUACCCGUAGCUGAAGACGACCACUCUCAGCAAGCCCUUCCUCAUCAGGAACCUGUAGACGACAGACAAUCCCCAAAGCUAUUGAAGUCGUCUGAGCAGCAAAGAUCGCGAUCAUCAAGUCCAACCCGUCGAUCCAGGGCGAUAGCUGCCACAGGCCCCCCAGAUUCAGCCUUCAACAGACGAGCACCUCCAGCAGCGCAAGGUAAAAAGCUUUGGACGCCGGACCAAGCUGCCGCAGGGACGCCUUCCACCACACGAAACAAGCCAAUCAGCAAGAUCAGAAGAGAAGCUCCUCAAACCAAGAAUCCAUCUGCAGAUGAAGAUGAAUCUACUCCUCUUAUUAAGCAGCCUGAAACGCGGCCCAUCUCACAGGAGCAGUUGGUGGCAGAGGUAAAGGGCAUCUAUGCAGGACUUGUUAUGGUCGAAUCGAAGUGUAUUGAGGUCGACAAUGCCCAGUCGUCAACAAAUGAAACAAAAUUGAACAACGAGCAAUGGCAGGCCUUGAUUGCGUUACACAGAACGCUGCUUCAUGAGCAUCACGAUUUCUUUUUGGCUUCUCAACAUCCUUCGGCUAGUCCUGCGUUGCGGCGUUUGGCUUCGAAAUAUGCGAUGCCUGCUAGGAUGUGGCGCCAUGGCAUCCACUCCUUUCUAGAAUUGCUUAGGCAUCGUUUACCAGCAUCACUAGAGCAUAUGUUAACGUUCAUUUACUUGGCGUAUUCUAUGAUGGCUCUGUUAUACGAAACGGUACCUGCUUUCGAGGAUACUUGGAUAGAAUGUCUGGGAGAUUUAGGCAGAUAUAGAAUGGCCAUUGAAGAUGAUGACAUUCGCGACAGGGAGGUUUGGACGGCUGUAUCGCGUCAUUGGUAUUCAAAAGCCUCAGAUAAGGCACCCACUACUGGUCGACUAUACCAUCAUCUUGCAAUUCUCGCAAGACCAAAUGCUCUUCAGCAACUAUUUUAUUAUACCAAGAGUCUUUGUGUGCCAAUCCCGUUUAUAUCGGCACGAGAAUCUAUCAUGACUCUCUUUGAUCCGAUAUUAAACGGAACCAAUCCUCAGCACUCCCGCCUUUUACAAGUUGAUGCUGCCUUUGUCAAGGCUCACGGUAUUCUUUUUAGUGGAAAAUAUGCGGAAGAUUUCCAAGGCGCGGUUGACGAGUUCCUAGGAAACUUAAACAACCAUAUCGGUAGGACUGCGAGGAGGUGGAUGGAAUCCGGUUAUUAUAUUGGCAUCUCUACUUGUUGUGCUUUGCUAUCUUACGGGAAGGAAGAUAAUGCUAUUUUUAAGGCAAUUCGACCACAACGUUCAGACGAUGUAACCGAUAUCGUCAUGGCAGACGCUACAGAAAUGCCCAAGACGUUCAAUCAGGCGCUCUAUUUGGCACAAGGUAUAUAUGAGGUGGUCUUCCGCCAAUUGGCAGAUCCAAACGUAUUGCCAUACUUUCACACAAUCCUCGUUUUCAUGGACCACUUAACUCACUACCCUAACGCCAUGUCAUACCUGGAGAAGACCUUCCCUUGGAAGCUUGUUUCGGAAAUGCUCAAUUCCAUUCUCUUGUCGUACCGGGAUUUUGGUCGGAUUGAAGACACUCAAUUCCCUAGACCUGAUAAGGAGUUGCCUCGUCCACUACCAGAGGACUUCGCCAUGAAAGGGCUGUUGUGGGUGGAAAGAUACUACCCUGUGGAUUGGUUCACGAACGAAAAAAUUGACGACGACGAGAAAUACUUCGAAGUCGCUUCCAUGACAGACGAGAGGAAGGAGCGAAUUCUUUGGCUAGGAUGUCGCCUCGCCAGUCGCCAAAGAGGACUAGUAUACAACAAAGAAUCUCACCAUUUUGCGGUUCUCCCCGCAUUUGAAAAGGACAUCAG